GCGCCUUUUCCUUCGCCCCGCCCCCUCGGCGCCCAUUCGGCUCGCGUGCGUGCGCCCGCCUGCCUGCCUGCCUGGCCGGGUGGGUUCCUUCGCCGCCCGCGGAGCCCCUUCCCCAGGAAGGACACGAGGCGAGGACGGAGACGGCCAUGGACAUGAAGAAGCGGAUCCACCUGGAGCUGCGGAACCGGACGCCCUCGGACGUUAAAGAGCUUGUUCUUGACAACUGUAGGUCAAACGAAGGCAAAAUCGAAGGCCUCACUGAUGAAUUUGAGGAGCUGGAGUUCUUAAGCACCAUCAACGUAGGCCUCACCUCGGUUGCAAAUUUACCAAAGUUAAACAAGCUUAAGAAGCUCGAGUUAAGUGACAACAGAAUCUCAGGAGGACUGGAAGUCUUGGCGGAAAAAUGUCCGAACCUCACACACCUCAACCUCAGCGGCAACAAAAUCAAGGAUCUCAGUACAAUAGAGCCUCUGGAAAAGUUAGAAAACCUGAAGAGUUUAGACCUGUUCAACUGCGAGGUCACUAACUUGAACGAUUACAGAGACAACGUCUUCAAGCUCCUCCCGCAACUGACCUACCUGGACGGCUACGACCGGGACGAUAAAGAGGCCCCGGAUUCAGACGCCGAGGGCUAUGUGGAAGGCCUCGAUGAUGAGGAGGACGAGGAAGACGAGGAGGAGUUUGACGAAGAGGACGAGGAGGACGAGGAGGAGGAAGGCGAAGAAGAGGACGUCAGUGGAGAAGAGGAGGAGGAUGAAGAAGGUUAUAAUGAUGGUGAGGUAGAUGACGAAGAGGAAGAGGAAGAAGCAGCAGCUGAGGAAGAAAGAGGAGAGAAGAGAAAACGAGAGGCCGACGACGAAGGAGACGAGGAGGAUUAAACCCGGCCCGCGAUCCCUUGGCGGAGAGGCAGAUUUCCUGUUGUGAUUUGACUGUUUCUCCCCUGUCUUUCUCUCUGACACACAAACACUCCCCCUCCCCAGAGUGUCCUGUUGCCGCGGGGUAGAGAAGGAAACACGUUAAAUCGAGGGAAAUUAAAAUAACAUUUUUUUUCAAGAAACACAAAAACCUGCCACUCCUCCUUCUGUUUCUGAAGAAUUUUCCUUUCACGUCUGUUUUCAGUUCCUGUUACGAUGCAAUCACAAAUAUAAAUUUUGUUUUUGUUUUUUUGGAGUGGAUCAUCCUGGAUAUUUUUAGGUAUUAAAAAAAAGAACGUUUUAAAAAAAUAAUAAUAAUGAUCAAGAAAAUUCCCAUUUACGACACAAAGGUCGUAAGGUGAGACUUUUAUAGCUGAUGAGUCUCUGGGCAUAUUUGUAAGUAUUUUAUUUUAUUUUCCUUCUUUUCUGGAUGCAGCAAAACAUGCUACAAAGCAUUCCAGCCGCAGCAACAGAUUUGAUAAAGUGUUUACUUUGUUGACUGUUUGUGAAUGAACGGCUGCCGUUUGCAGAAAACCCUUCUUCUGCCACUACUUUUAGGUUACUUUUCCCUUCCGUUUGUAAAUAGUGACCAAAUAUGAUUUUUCCCCCUUUUUGUUUCCAGUUAUUCCCUGUUUUUGAUAUCUGGAAGGAGAAUGUUCUCUGUAAAUGGCAGCCGUUGAAAUAAUCACACACACACGUAUAUAGGUGUGUGUAAGUGUUCCUAAUUUUCCUGAAUUUAACUGGUGGUCAAAAUAAAAUAUAAAUUUGACUGUUGUUAUAAUAAUAAUAAUAAAAAUACAAAGAAAAUGUUUUGAAUCCUUUUCACUAAGGUGUGUACUAUUUUGGUCUGUAAAAUAUUAUAUAUAUAAAUAUAUUAACCUGCCCUUGCUAUGAAAAGCAGCCAGAAUCCAUGUGUGCUCUAUGAUUAUAAAUUCUGGAAAUUUUUACAAACCUUUUACGUAAUAGAAAAAUACAGAAGCAUGUCGGGGCCUUGGCCGGUUUUUCCUUUUCGUACAUUCGGAAGCAUGGAAUGCUAACUCACACAAAACAAAGUUGUAUUUUCUUACCUAGUUGCAAAGUCAGUACGUUUGAAAGCAGAGUUAACCUUGUUUGAAUGUACAGUUUUACUUUCAUAUCCCUCUUUAAGCGAUAGAAGUGACUUGUUCUUUUCCUCGUCUCAUCUGUGUAUAAACAACAACCACAAAACCGUCGCAACCUUUUCCUUCUCGCUCUCCGGAGAGCCAAACCUUUUUGAGUUUUAUGUCUUGUUUGUCAAUGAUGGAUUUCAAUAAAUCUUUUUUAUACAA